AACAGAGUUGUGUUAUCUUACAAGCCAUCAAAUCCUUCAGAAUGGCAUCCCAGAGGCCCCUCAUCAUCCCUUGGCUGAUUGGUAAGAUCAAUAGUCAGAUGUACCCAGGGGUGAAAUGGGUCAACGAUGAAAAGACUCAAUUCAAGCUGCCCUGGAAGCAUGCCCUGAGGCAGGACCUAUCUGAGGAUGACAUCAAACUUUUUGAGGACUGGGCUAUUGACAGUGGCUGUUAUGACCCAACAAGGCAUAAAGCAGACCCUGCAAGAUGGAAGAGAAAUUUUCGUUCAGCAUUGAAUCAGAAAGACAGCAUCCAUUUGGUUGAGGACAACAGCUCAAACUCCACUGUUCCUCACAAAGUGUUCGAGAUCACAAGAAAAGACACUGAGUCAUUAUACUGUGAUCUGGAGGAUUUACAAAAUGCUUAUGCAAUCCCGGAUGCCAUUGUACCUGAUCAAGAAAUUGAUUACCAUAUUUCUUCAUCACAAGUACCUACGGAAGGUGGCGCUGCUUACUAUGAGGGUGCCUACGCUGUUGGCAGUGAUGUUCCACCUGGCAUGAUUAAUAAAGUACAAGCUGGACAAGUUCAGCUGGUUCAAGAACAAGAAAUAUUUCAACAAAACAUACUGGAACAUUUUACCUACAACUCCUUUGAAACUGAUUUUGAAGUCAACAUUUAUUACCGAGGAACCAAAGUUAAAAGCACAACGGUAACCAACCGAAAUGGAUUCUGCCUCACAUCCAGACAACAGCCACCUCCGAACAGCUAUUUAGAGGAUGUGAUUCUGCCCCAGGCUCAGAAACAAGUGAGCGACCAGAUACUGAUUCAAGCAGUGAACCUCAUUCUGACCAGGCUGGAUCAAGGAACCCUUGUGGAAGUCCGUGAUGGGGCAAUCUGUGCCAGGAGAUUGGGCAACUGCCGUAGCUUCUGGGCCAUAACAGAUACACCAACCACAGUUCUGCCCAACCCAAUAGACAAAAAUGACUAUAGUGUUUUGUACACUCUCCAGCAGUUUAUGAUCGAAUUAAUGGAAUUUGUUAAAAGGAGGAGAAAAGACUCUCCGCAGUAUUCCAUAUGGAUUUGUCUUGGAGAAACAUGGCCAGAUGUCAAACCAUGGAGAACGAAAUGCAUCAUGGUUGAAAUCAUACCGGUGGUCAUGCGUUUGCUUCAUGAAUUAAGUUACAAGACCGGAGCCUCAUCACUCAGCCACAGCGACCUAAACCUUGAAAUUUCCGAUUCAUUAUCCAGUCAAAGUGCCGUCCUUUCACUUCUCAGGAGCAUUGAAGAAAAGAUGGACUGGGGUCAAAUCUAACUUCAUUGUAACUGUAGAAAUAUAUACGAC